AUGUCCGCUCUUGAUAGUAAGGCCGCAUUUACAGAAAGAAUGAGGCAACUAGGGGUGGAAGACGAACUGAAAGGAGAGCUGCAGACGAAGGGUUUUGAGACAUUUGGUUCUCUGGCAUUUGCAGUAUCGACAACUCCGCAACAGAUCACAGAUGCGAUUCUGGAUGCAUGGCUCUUGAAGGUCACCAAUAGAGAUCUGAGCCCCUAUCAGACAUCAUGCAUCCGUAGACUGGUGGUGGAAUCCCAUGCCUUAGCAUUGAACGAUCUGCAAAGAAAGGUUGACCAACCUUCCGAUCCCCAGUUAUCUCAUCGAAAGUUACCAAUGGCAGAACGCCAGACUCGCCAGUUAGAGCAGGAGACGAGGCUGGAGGGAAUCAUGUUCUCACCUGAGGUAACUCCGAGCCAUGCACUGGUGGAUCUUUGCGUUAACAUGUUGGAGCAGAAUGUUUUGACUUGGAUCAAGCCGGAGGAGUGUACAUCACGAUCACAGGAGAUCCAGAGUCUGAAGCGCGACCCAAAGGUGUCACUGGAUGCAAGCGGGACCAUCAAGAUCACGUCCAAGACGGUGAACACCACCUGCGCUGUCAGCUCAGAGCUGGACCUUAGAAAUGCUCUGCAACGCAGAUCUCUAGCAAUGGACCAAGCCAAACUCUGUUCAUUUAAGGAGAUAGAAUUGUGGGUACAACAUCUGUUUCUAUCGCAUGAAAGAGCUCAACCAUCAGGCUUUGCCUCAGUCACUCUGCAGCAGAUCAUUGAAUGCGACAAGCAGAUGUUCAUCCGUGCGUCCAACAAUCUAGUUGGCCAGCUGCAGGGUGAACCAGGCAGCUCCAUGACGCCCUUGGACAAGGAAAUCAGGGCGCUGCGAACAUCCCCUGAGUUGAUGCCAUACCUGAUGCCUAUGCCAGUCCGGCCUGCACCCAAGACCAAUCCUAAGCCAGACAAGAGGCCAACAUCCGACGCAUCCGAUCGCCCCAGUAAGUAUCAGAAAGGUAAGGGCAAAGGCAAGACAAAGGGCAAGACAAAGACCAAGUCAGGCUCCAUUGACAUCCCGCCGGGCUGUGUGACGAAGACGCCAGAGGGCAAACCGCUGUGUUUUGCCUUCAACAAGGGCGUGUUCGAUCUCAAGAUGGCACAUGGACAUUCGACACAUCCGCAGAGGUGGCUGCCGCCCACCAUUAGCCUCACCGACCAACAAAAAUUGAUCCCUUCAUCUCAAAGGGGGGAAUGCCAGGAAGGGAACUCACAAGAAAGGUCAGAAGGAGACGUCUUGGUGGGAACUUGGUACACACCGAUGCAAUUUGUGAAAGAAGCCAGGAACGUUACCCAUCCAAUGGAUGAGAAUGCCUUGGAACACAUCACAAGAGAUGCGAUUGAGUACAUCAAGCUGGCGUCCACGACGGAAGCUGAGCUCAGAGAUUCAGCCUUGCCGUGCAGGCUUGCCCUAGAGCAUAGGAGGCCCCAAACUAAUGAACCUGGGUUCGCUGAGCACUUGGAGGAGACGGCACAAGAGGAAACACCAGCAGCAGGUUGGGUCAGGAAUUGUACAGAAGCCAUCCGAGAUACCGGAAUCUCGAUCAACGACAUGUACCCCCGAUUGGAAAAAGAAAGCGGCUUGCGGCUACGUCUUUCACAGCUUGAGUUGGCACACUUGAAUCCUGUUUGA